UCCAAGAUGGAGGCGGCGGGCAGAGCGGGGCAGGAGAUGAGCCUGGCGGCCCUGCGGCGGCACGACCCCUUCAUCACCGGCAUCGCCGACGUGACCGGCCAGGUCGCGCUCUACAGCUUCAGCCCCAAGGACAACGAGUGGGAGAAAACCGACAUAGAAGGGACCUUAUUUGUGUAUAAAAGGUCAGCUUCUCCUUAUCAUGGUUUUACGAUAGUGAAUCGACUGAAUAUGCACAACCUGGUUGAGCCAGUAAAUAAAGAUUUGGAGUUUCAGCUUCAUGAACCUUUUCUGCUCUACAGAAAUGCCAGCUUGUCAAUUUACAGUAUUUGGUUUUAUGACAAGAAUGACUGUCAUCGAAUAGCAAAGCUCAUGGCUAAAGUGGUUGAACAAGAAGCUCAGAGGUCGCAGCAAGUUUCUCAGGACAGAAAAAGUCCCAGCAGAACCAAUGGCUGCAAUGAAAACAGGCCCAUUGACAUCCUAGAGAUGCUUAGUAAAGCCAAGGAUGAGUAUGAACGAAAUCAGAUUAGUGACCUAAGUAUUAUAUCAAGCUCUGGAAUGCAACAGAAUUCAAAUCCUCCAAAGCCAGAAAGUACAGAGCCUUCAGAACAGAAGCCUUCAUUACCAGUGCAAGAGCAGCCAUUUCAGUCAAGGCAGAAGCAUCUGACUUUGGAGGAGCUGUUUGGAACCUCUGUCCAAAAGGAACAGCCUGCAGCUCCAUAUCCCAAUCCAGAGAGAAUGGAGAAGCUGCAGACAGAUGCAUCUGCCAGAGAGCAGCACAGUUUGCUUUUGCCUUUUUCCUUUGACCAGUCACCAGUAAUGCAACAAUCCCUGGGGAAAUGUGAAAGUCCAAGCAUUAAAGCCAGUGCCAGCCAGCAGGACUGUUUGACACCUAUGAUAAUACCUCCAGCUUCAGUUUCCCAGCCUGAGCUGAAAAACGUUCCAAGCUAUUCAGUUCGUUUAAGCCCUGUUCUUAAUUCAGCCUCGACAAUGGAAGCUGCCCCUGCUCAGAUGCUUCCUGGCCUCAAACAAAGCAACAGCAUAAUGCAAGUUAUGCAGCAAGCUGCCAAGCCCAUAUCCCCACUGGUGAAUCAGCCGCCAUCUGACGUGAACCACGCUCCACAGAAUCUCAUGGCUGGCCAAAGCCAGCUCAUAGCACCCUUGACUACAGCAAACACAGGGACUGUCUCCAAUGCAUCUCACACAAGUGUUGAUCUUCUCCAGAAACUCAGGUUGACCCCACAGCAUGACCAAACACAGCAGCAGUCUCUCGCUAAGAGUCCCUUAACACCAAACAUCUCUGCCUCGGUUGGCCAACUUGCAACACCAGAAAGCUUCAAAGAAUCUCACAGUAAGCCAUCAGCCUUGAACAGCAAGAUAAUCUCUCCCCUUCAGACUGUACAGCAAAACAAGGAAUCAGAAGUAUUUCCACAGCCGAAAACUUUGUCUAAAGCCAGUCAAGUUGCACCUGCACAGUUUGUUACAGCCACGACGACAGUAACACCUUCAGUGCUCUUGUCUCCAAGUGUGUUUCAGCAAUCAGCUACAAAAGCUACUGAAGUGGAGAAUAAACCCAGUUCUUCUUCGCCUUUAACACUUGGAACAACAGAAAUUCAGACUACACCGCCUACUGUUCUCAGUAGGUCUCAGCUUCAAGAAGCACUGAUACAUCUAAUAAAGAAUGAUUCCCAUUUUCUCAGCACUAUCCAUGAAGUCUACUUGCAAGUCCUCACCAAGAGUACAGACAACAUUAAGCUAUAAUUGAAGCUGAAUCUACUUAAAAUAUGUUCAUUUUAGAAACAAUUAUGCCUCAUCUAUAAAACUAAUAUUUUUGUAAAAGAAUAUUUAGUUUUCAAUGUCUUGAAUUUGAACCUGUUAGGAACUAUUAUUCCUUAAAUACUUAUGAAAGUAAUGUUCUCAGAAUGAUCUAGGUUUUCACUGUGAUCAUCACCAGCAAACCUUUUUUUUAUUGGGGAGGGGACUUAAGUUGCAUUUGAGCUCUCAUUAGCAUUAAGUGAAUGUGCAAAUGUUUGCUCUGGCUCUCAUUCCUGGCUGUAUUCAUUGUUCAAGGAUUACAGACUCAAAACUAUUUCAACCAGCAAAUGCACAGUAUAAUACACUACAGCACACCAGAACCAAAUUCAGUUGUGGGAACCUCGUUCCAGUUUGAAGGACUGAGGAAAAUGAGAGCAAAAUGCCUUGUGAUGAAACUGGAAGGUGUGGGGAGGGAAAGGGUCUGGAAGCCAGGCCAUUGGAGCUAAAUCUUUAACAAAAGGUCUAAAAAUGUGAUUGGCUCAAUACAUUGGCAGUCUCUAGCUAAUGCAUGUAAAUUCAUCCUUUCAAUAUUUCAUUAAUCCUGUUUGUUUCUGUGUUACUGACAUAAAACACCCAAGUGGGUAAGGCCAUUUUCUCUAAAGAGGCAAAAUUUGAAAUAUGCAAAAUCCUCAGUGAUUGUAAUUUUUUUUAAACAACAAAGGAGUUGCAUGUUGAAGUUCUCAUUUUAAAUUUAUAGUUAGGAGACCACCCCUGGAAGACUCUUUUCCUGUUCAUGAGUGUUUGAUAAAAUUUAAACAUUUUGUUUCCUUUUAGCUUAAGGAUGGACCACACCAUAGUUGGCUUUCACUCCUCAGUUGUGUUGGAACUGCAGUCUUAAAAACUAUGCAGAUGGGAAACAAAUGCAUGCUUUUCUUCUGUUGCCCUCUCCCCAAAUAAUUAGUGUAAACUUCAUAGUCUGAAGUUAAUCUAAUUAAAAUGUUACUGCUUUGUAUAUGUGAUUUAGUAAGUCACUAUUCACUAAGAAUUGAACUGGGUACUUUUCCCAAAUCAGAAAAAUUUUAAUUAUACCUUCUUAUGCUGCUGUGUUGGUUUACCCAUGGGUUAUAUUUAUUUCUUAAAGGCAUGCAAAGGUAAUUAAUCUGAGUUCAGGUCCCAACAUUUUCCAGCAAUAGUAGUUUAGUUUUUCAGUAGAAAAGUGUUGGGUUAUUGAGUAAAAAGAUAAUCUGUAGUGAGUUGUCUUGCACUGCUUCAUUCUUUUCCCUCAAGCACUAUUGAAAUAUGAAGAAAAAUAUUGUUUGGCUCCUUACAACAUAUAUGUAAGUAUAGAUCUCCUAAGGAUUAGUUAAUGUUGACAUAGUCAAGGUGCAUGGCCAUUUCAUUGGAAACUAGUAAUUGAGCUUUAAUUGUGACUUGUUCACAAAUCAGGAUGUUUUAGAUACAACAAAUAUUUACAAACAUUCAAAUAUUUUUAUGUAUUUGAACUAUUUUAGGUUUUUUUCUUAGCUUUUUAGUGGAAAAUAUAUUUUGUUUAGCACUACCUGCCUUCUGAAAAGCUCUUCACAGCCUUUGAGUUCAGUGUUUCCAAUUAAUAUAGUAUAUUGUUGGAAAAAUGCUCAAGAUUCAGGGAAAGAUGCUUAUGUGCAUUCAUCGAGAAAUACAUUGGAUUUAAUGGUAGCAUCUAAAUUCAGCAAUACAAACUCAGACUUCUUAAGGAAGAUAGGAACUUCCAUAAAUUCUGGAGUUUGAAUACUAUGUAUGCACAUAAACAGUGAGAUUCAAGUUAGAUUGAAGGUCUAAACUGAUUUUAUGUUGGGCUUUUUUAGGAAAAGUUUCACUGAAAGGGAAACUUUUCCUAAAAAAACCAGGGAGCAGUUCCUCUGAACAAAAAUGGACAGUCUAAGCCAAACAGAGGGUUGCUCUUACCUAGA